AACUUGCAGGAUCUGAUUCUGAAUCGUGGCACAGGGAAUCAAUUUUGAGAGUCGAUUUACAAAAUGCUACGAAUAAUAAUAAUAAUUAAAAAAAAUACGGACUGCUGAUAUUUGUGGUGUAAAGUGAAUAAUUUAUCAGACAGAAUUUCCACAGCAGAACCUUUGAAUUUUUACCUUAUCGUUUGAUAUGUGUAUACAGCUUGGUAGUCGACUCCAUAAUCUGCCACUCUGUUAGGAAUCGACUCCUGGAUCUACUUGAUUUGACGCUUCAAGUGUGGCUGGUUUGGUUAGCUUAGCUAACAGUUAGUUUAGUUUUGGCUAAGCUAAAGACCAACUUGGCUUUCCCAGUGAGCAUGGUGUUAAUACCGGGGAGGGAAAAGAUCUCGGGAUAUCUAAUAACCACUACAGAUUAAUAAAUAAGUUGUUUUCCACAAGCAAGUAACUGUAUUUACGUUUAGCUUUAGCAUUAGCUAACGGAGUCGCAGUACAGUUAAAGCCAGCUGUGAUAUUUGCAUGAAGUUAAAGAGAGAUUUUCAUUCUGGUUUCAGGGCGUGUGAUGGUGACUUCCUCUGACUGACAGAGUCAUCUUCAUCAUGAACAUCCACCAUGUCGUCCUGGUGUUCCUGUGCUGUGUGUGUGUGUGUGUGUGUGACCGCAACAGCACGGUGAGCAUCGUAGCCAAUCAGACGACACAAGACCCCGGAGACUGCAAUGUGUUACACUGUCGUGAACUCUGUGCGCGAGCUUUCUUCUCAGAGAAGGACUCCAGGUGCAUUUUACUAUUCUGCAAUAAGGACGUGUCGUGUAAUCGCACCGUAGCAGAGCUGGGACGUGAAGCUCAGAAUGAAGGACCAAACCAGACAAUCGGAUCAGAUCCUCUCCAGCCCGCUUCACCGUCUCCAGAAAGCCCCGUUUCUCCAUCGAUAACUGCCCUUCCUGCCACCGCGUCUGCCUCUGCUGCCCCUGUAUCCGCCCCUGUAUCCGCCCCUGUAUCCGCCCCUGUAUCCGCCCCUGUAUCCGCCCCUGUAUCCGCCCCUGGCCCUGACGGAAAGCAGCAUUCAUCCAGCAGUACAUCUUCAGAACCUGGUUUUAGCAGCAACACCAGCAGGUCCUCUCAGGGCGGAGGUCUGGGGCUAGUCCAAAAGAACACCAGGGGACACCAGGGGCAAGCCCUAAACAAUUCCUCAGAAAAUGGACACCAGGGGCAACCCUCAGUCGAGCCUUCUACCCCUGCACCGACCUCCCAACCAGCUCCUGUCGCAUCUGUGGGGACAGGAAACAUUUCACCCACUGCUCCCAAAGAACAAAAUGGAACUGACGUGAACAAAACUGGCCAAGAAACAACAACAACAACAACAACAACAACAACAACAACAACCAGCACCACUUCAGUCAAACCUGCACUUCCUACUAACUCCACAACGACCAGCACCACCACCACGACAGUUACCCUGACAACCACUAGUGACACCACGCCAAACACUACCACCACCAAUAAAGCUAUCUCUCCUUCCACCACCCAAAUACAACCACCAUCUACACCAGCAUCAACGCCUCCCCCAUCCCCCGCGCCACCAUUUUUGCCCUCCGUCACCCCUUCCACCCCUCCGCCAGGGCAAAAUCCUUCCACAACCACCCCCAAAGUCCCAGAUGUUGCCUCUGAUCAGGACAAAGCCAUGGUGGAAACAGCUGGAGGAGAGUUGGUGAGUCACGUGGUGAACACCAGCUCUCUGAUCGCCGUGCUGAUCUUCGGCCUGCUGUUCUUCAUCGUCACGGUCAUCCUCUUCCUCAGACACGCGUAUGAGAGCUAUAAGAGGAGGGGCUACACGCAGAUGGACUAUCUCAUUAACGGCAUGUACUCCGACUCAGGGCUCUGACUCUUCUGUUUACACUUCAAUAACCAGUUUCUUCCUUUCCCCCGAGUGUAAAGUCUAGAGGACCAAAAUAGACAAAAUACGAGGAAUAAGAUGCGACCUUAAUGUGAAGUAGAACGGGCAAGAAUGCAGCACGAGUUUUAUUAAAGCUAGAACAAAAAUGACACAAAGAACGAAAGAAGAAUUAGACAAAAAUAAACAUUUUGAGUCGAAAAAAUGCAGAAAAGAGACACAAAAUUAAAAAGGAAAUAAAAAAGUUCCCAAAAUGAAGUAAAAAAGAAAAGCGGAUACGCCGAGGAAAGAUUUGAUUUAAAGACGAACGUCUACUUCAGUCCUCUAAACUCCGAGAGCAAACACCUGCAGGUGUAAUAUUCACCGUUUGCAGAAGUGGAGUCAAUUCUGGACCUUUCCGCUGAAUGUACAGCUUUUUUUCUUUUUCUUUUUUUUUCGUUGAUAUUUUUUUCCUCUAUGCAAAUGAGGCUUUGCUCUUUAAUCUUCUGAAUUAACGCCAUGUUAAGGAACCGAUGGUGCAACGUACACGAUUUUUUACACGAUUGUUUCCUUUCCUUGUCUUCCAGUAAUACUCCGUGUGUAAGGAGCGUCCCCCUGUCAGGUCGCUCGAUCUCUCCUCGCCAUGUUUAUUAAUCCGUGCCUUUAUUUUACCAUGUUCUCUUCUGUUCUUCCCAUCGAACCUGAUGCCAAAACGCAGCCGCUGGCGCUGGAGCACAUUAACGACAAGCCAAGGGAAGUGUCGAGCCAUCACCACCUUCUGUCCAGGGAAGUCACGUUAUUGUUAUUAUUAUUGUUAUUAUUAUUAUUAUUAUUAUUGUUGUUGUUGUUGUCAUUAUUUUCUACAUUUGUGUACUGUAGAGAGUUGGAUAGGACCGGACGCAGGAAAUGUUUUGUGCCAAAAUAAAAAGUCAUAUCUAAUAAUGCACUUUGGAAAAUAAUGAUUGUUUACUUUGCAAAAAAUAUCAGUAAUAAACACAGAAUAAACGAA